AUGGAUAAAUCAUCGAAGAAAAACGAGCAUAAACAUAAAAAACACCGUCAUCAUCACCGUCGUUCUACUUCAUCAUCAUCAUCAAAUUCAAACAAAAAUGAAGAACAAUGGCAAGAAAUUGGUCAUAAUGAUAAUAGUAAUGAUGUUCCCGGUGGUGCUGUGGUUAAAGGACCAACAAUGCCAACACAAGCUGAUUUAGAACAAUUAGAAAAAGAAAAACCUGCACCAGUAACAUUUGCUCUUGAACCAUUUGAUUUUGAUUCAAUCGGAAGUUAUCAACGAGAGAACAAACAAGCAAUAAAAAAAGCUCAAACGACAGCUGAAAUGGAAGCAAUUCUGAAUGAACGUGAAUUAAAUCCAGCAUUACGUCAACAACCAAUUGAACCUAAAAAUUCAAAAUCAACUAAAGUUGGUGAUGCUGGUCUUGAAUGGCAUCGACGAGCUUAUGAACGAUGUAAACAACAAGCAAAAGAUGAGCAACGUCCUUUAAAUGAAAUUGUUUCACAACGAUAUGGUUCUAUGGAAAAAUUAAUGUCAUUGAUAAAUGAUGCUGAUGAUCUUCAUCAUCGUUCAUCUUCUAAGAAAAAAUUUCUUGAUCCAAAUGAAAAAGAUGAUCGACAUCAUCGUCAUCAUCGUCAUCAUCAUCAUCAGCAUCAUCAUCAUCAUCAUGAGAAAAAAUCAUGGAAAAGAACAACAGAUGAUGAUGAUGAUGAUGAACAAUCAACAUCAAAAAAACAAGCACGUACAGAUGAACAAGAAGAAAUAAAAACAAUUGAUGUUGAAUCAAAAGAAGAUGAUUUAAUAUCCGAAGAAAAUCUAUUAGAAUUACGAAAACAACUUAUUCGAGCAGAACUUGCUGGUGAUGAUGAAAUGACUGAAUUACUUCGUAAUGAAAUUAAAAAUAUUGAUAAUCUUCGUGGUAAUUCACAACAUGAUUCUACAACUGAACAACAGCAACGAUCUAAUGAUCCAAAAGUUCUUGUAUUAACAACAAUUGAUCGUUAUGGUGUUGAAAAACCUAUUCAUCAUGCACAUGACCCAGGUCAUCAACGUCAAUAUGGUCAUGUAGAAAAACGUGAUCGUCGAAAAAUGAAAAAAGAAAUUCGAAAAAUGCGUCAAAAUGAUAAAGAUCCAGAACGACAAGGUUUAUCAUUAAAUGAUCUUGUUGAAAUGGAAAGACAUUCAACAACAAAUACAAUGCCUGUUUUACCAAAUAAUAGAAAUAAUCAAACAAUGACAGCUGAUCGACAGUUAUUAACAUCAACACGUCAUUUAUCUGGUUGGUCACGUAUACAAGCAUUAGCUGAACAAAAAAAAAGACAAAAAACAUUUGAACAAUGUUGGUUAUGUAUUGAAAAUUUAUCAAAAUCAUUUAUUUUUGGUUUACUGGAUCAAUGGUUUUUAUGUGCACCACCACAACAAUCACUUGUUGAUGGACAUUGUUUUAUUGUACCUAUUCAACAUACAUCUAGUCGAUUUCAUUUAGACGAUGAUGUUCUCUCUGAACUUGAUACAUUAAAAGAACAAUUAACUGAUUUAUAUCGUAAACAUCAUAAUCAACUACCAAUAUUUAUUGAAACAUUUAAAAAUCCUCGUUUAUUACCACAUAUGUAUAUUGAAUGUAUUCCAGUUCCAAUAGAACAAGCAAAUUUAGUUCCAAUGUAUUUUCGUAAAGCAUUACUUGAAAGUGAAUCAAUGUGGUCAACAAAUAAAAAACUUAUUGAAUUAAAUCAUCAUCGUUCACGUACAUUAAAAUCUGUUAUACCAAAAGGUUUACCAUAUUUUUGUGUUGAAUUUCCAGUUGAUAAAAGUAAAAAUGAAAAUCUUUAUGGUUAUGCACAUAUGAUUGAAGAACGUGGUCAAUUUCCAUUAUAUUUUGGUCGAGAAAUUUUAGGAGGUUUAAUGGAAGUUGAUAAUCCAUUAUUAUGGAUGAGACCAGCUAAUAAAGAACCAGAAGAUAUUAUUGAAAAGAAAUGUAUAUAUUUAAAACAAUUAUGGAAAAAAAAUAAAAAUACAUUAUCAAUGCAUAAAAAUUUUUUAUUUAUUUUAUUUCUAUGUGUUUUAAAUGUUAAUACUUAUGAAGAAGAGAAUGAUGUUGAAUUUAUUGAUAUUGGUGUACGAUUAAUAGGUGAUAAUCGAGAUUAUCUUAUAGCAGAUCUUAUAGCCGAAGAAAAAAAUUUAUUUAAUGCUGGACAUAUUCCUGGAAUUGGUUUACAUCAUUUUCGUAUUGAACGAAAACAUGGUCGAAGAUCUAAACGUGCUAUUGAUGAAACUAUUGAAGAUUUAAAACAUGAUGAACGAAUUGAAUAUAUAACUGUUGGUGAAUCACUAGAAAGACAUAAACGUGAAUUUAUCAAUGAUGAUGCAUUAGAAAAAUUAUAUAAAGAAUAUCGUCAUUGGAAAUAUGAUCAAUUACCUAUUGAUACGGAAUCUGUUGUUGAUAAUUCAUCAUUUAAAAUGUCUUUUGAUGAUACUUAUUAUAAGAAACAAUGGUAUUUAGAAAAUGAAGGUCAAUUAAAUACUCCAGCAAAUCAUGAUAUUAAUGUUAUUCCAGCUUGGUUAGCUGGAUACUCUGGUAGAGGUAUUACAAUUUCUAUUAUUGAUGAUGGUCUUGAUCAUAAACAUCCAGAAUUAAAUGAUCGAUAUCAACCUCAGUUCAGUUAUGAUUUAAAUGAUCUUAACGAUACUGAACAUGAUCCAAGUCCAAGAACUUAUGAUAGUGCAAAUAAUCACGGUACUCGUUGUGCUGGAGCAUCAUCUGGUAAAGCAAAUAAUGGUAUAUGUGGAGUUGGUGUUGCUUAUAAUUCAUAUAUUGCUGGUAUUCGACUUCUUGAUGGACGUAUUACAACGUUACUUGAAGCACGUGCAUUAACAUUAUAUGCUGUUAAUACAUCUAUUAAAAGUGCAUCAUGGGGACCAACUGAUGAUGGAACAAAAAUGGAAGCACCAGGUACACUUGUUAAUGCUGCUUUAGAUUAUGGUGUUACACAUGGUCGUCAAGGUAAAGGUAUAUUAUUUGUUUGGGCAUCAGGUAAUGGUGGAACAGCUGGUGAUGAUUGUGGUGCUGAUGGAUAUGUAUCUCAUCCAAAUGUAAUAUCCAUUGGUUCAAUAAAUCAUUUGGGUAAAACAACAUAUUUUGGUGAAUUUUGUCCAUCAACAAUGGCUGUUGCUUAUACUGGUGGUCGUCAUGCACGUUCAUUUCGUGAACCAUUUAUUCCUGUAGGUGUUGUUGCUGCUGAUGUUGGUGGAAAAUGUACAACAAAAUUUUUUGGUACAUCUGGUGCUGCACCAGUUGCUGCUGGAGCUUUAGCACUUGUACUUGAAGCAAAUCCAGAAUUAACAUAUCGUGAUGUAAUGCAUAUUAUAGCUGAAACAUCUCGUAUACCAAAUUUAUCUGAAACAGAUGAUUGGAUGAUUAAUGGAGCUGGUUUUCAUGUUAGUGAUAAAUUUGGUUUUGGUGUACUUGAUGUUGGACAAAUGAUUGCUUUAGCACAAAAUUGGACAAAUGUUAAUCCAAGAUAUGAUUGUUAUCAUGAAUAUAAAGGUCCUAGUGUUCCAUUAACUAUUGAUGCUACUGUUGAAGUACAUAUUGAUGUUGAUAAAUGUGAAAAUGUAACAAGUCUUGAACAUGUUCAAGCUAAUGUAUCAUUUAGUUUUCAUCGUCGUGGUGAUGUCAAAAUUACAUUAAUAUCACCAAGUGGAACACUUUCAGAAAUGAUUUCUUAUCGAGAUAAUGAUGCUUCGAAAAAAGGUAUAAAAUAUUUUCCAUUUAUGUCCGUACAUAAAUGGGGUGAAUCUCCAAUUGGUCGUUGGACAUUACGUAUUGAAACCCGUACACCACAGAAUGAUGGAUCAAUAAAAUCAGCAAUGGAAGAUAAUACAGGUGAAUUGAGCUAUUUUGGAUUACGUCUCUAUGGUACAUAUUCAACAAAUGAUGAAAAAAAUAAUAUUCAAAAACGUCAAGAAUCAAAUGCAUUUUUACCAACACAAAGUGAAUUAGAAUGGAUAUAUAAACGAGAAUUAUCAAUACGUGAAUCACCGAAUGUUAUGCAAAAACGUGAUUAUCAAAAUUUAAUUAAUGAACGACAACGUCGUAAAGAGAAUUCUGAUCAGUCAUUAUUUUCAACAUUUCGUAAAACAUUUGGCUUUUAG